GCUGGAAGGGCAAACAGUUCCAAGUACGCCGAGCGAUACGUCCAAUUGUUCCUUAUCGCUAUCGUCCGCGCGCUUGCAUAUUUAUCGCUGUACACAGAUAUACGCUCCAUUAUGCGCGAGUGCAACAUUUGAGGAAAACCGCGAAAACGUCAAAGACGCACGCCGACGCGAUAAACGCGUAUAAAAUUCGAAUUCGAUAUCGAGUGUCCGACGUAGGUGGCAGCACGUUACUGCCGUCGAUUUUCCCGUGCCGUCUAUAACUGUCUUAUAUACUAACAGAGUCGGAAACAUCGUCUGAUCGUCGUACAUAACACGCAGCUGUCUGCUCGGUGUUGUUUUCGCUGCAGCGAUAAUGACGAGCGUUUACAGAGAUUUCGGUGACGCUCGGUGCUGAAUCAUGAAGUUUGUGUAGAAAGAUUUUACUUAAAACCCGUUCGAUACAUAAUGGGUUCGGAGCACAGCUCGCAGAGCGCUGACGCCCAGGGCGAGGGCAGGAGCACCAGGGCUGCGCCGCUGAGACGAGGCAAGAGUGUGCCGAAUCGCGAGAGUGUACUCCCGGACGACGGCACACCCCCGAGGUGCAUCAGUCCUGGUCCGAGUAUCUGCUCGGACUCGGAUCUGCCGUACAUAUCGUACACGGUUAACAGGCCGAUCGGGGACUCUCCCAAGAUGACCAACAAACAGUCGCAGCUGUAUCGAGGGAAGAGCCUCGGGACCCAGGAGACGGCGAGGAGAAAGUCCGGUGGUGCGGUCGCUCACAAAAAGUCAGCUGGUUCCGACAAGGCUCACAACAUCGUGGUGGUCAAGCCUGCGCUGUCGGAUCCCACCACUGACAAGGAUCCGGAUCUCGUGAAGCUCAAGAACAUUCCCAUGUUUCUGCCGAUUAUGAGGGGAACCCUCAACUUGCCUCCCAGAGUCAGGGAUCCAGAGGUUCUCGAGAGGCUGGAUCCCAUGGGACUGUUCAAUCUCUGCGCCAGGUACCAGCAUCACCUGAACAACAGCGCACAGAUGAUAGCCACUGAGCAGAACGCUCUCUGUACCAAUAUAGACAGCGAGCUGAACAAGAUGAUGAACAUUGCCGCAGAGAGGCAGAAGAAGUUUGCCAAGUUUGCCGACCAGCUGAGCAGGGUUCACGACCUCAGCAGGCAGCUCAACAAAUGCCACAUGCAGCUGAACCAGACCCUCGAGAGUCUCGAGACCCUGAACAAUCUGCUGCCACUGGAGGAGAGGCUGGAGCCUUUUGUGUGGACAACGGGUUAAUUCUCUACCAUUGCGACGCUUAUAUAUUAAGAUUUGUAUUAUUAUUGUUUAAAAGAAAAAUUGAAAAAUGUGUAAUAAAUUCUAGAUCUACUUUAAUUCUGUAUAAAAAUAAAUCAGUAACAUUGAAACCUUAAGCAGA